CUGGGAGCCGAGGGCCCGGACUACGACACCUUCCCCGAGAAGCCGCCCCCGUCGCCAGGGGACAGGGCGCGGGUCGGGAACCGGUCCCUUUAAGGGAAGGAACGAUCCACGGGAGUACCGGGCCCAGCCCCCUACUGCCACAGACAGGAAGACUGAGGCCCCAGCGAGCAAGGGGUCUGCCUGAGGUCACACAGCAAGCCUCCAGCCGCAGACCUGGGGGCAGAACCAGAGCCUCCUCUUCCGGAGAAAAGGCCCCAGUACCAGAGGCUCAGCCACGGCGAUGAGCUAACAAUGGCCUGGGAAUUUCCCAGGGGAGCUGGGGCUCAGGCCCUGGGAACCUGAAUGGCCUUGGACCCAGGCCUCCCCAGCACUGCCCGCUGAGCUGGGCAGCCCCUGGGUUCAGAAAAGGCAAUGGUUCCUGGAGGAGGGACUCAGAGACCCUGGUCCUUUUGUCCGCCACCAUCACCAGGGCCCUGCAGAACAAAAGGGUGUUCCUGGCCACCUUCGCCGCAGUGCUCGGCAAUUUCAGCUUUGGGUAUGCUCUGGUCUACACAUCCCCUGUCAUCCCAGCCCUGGAGCACUCCUUGGAUCCCGACCUGCAUCUGACCAAAUCCCAGGCAUCCUGGUUCGGGUCCGUGUUCACCUUGGGAGCAGCAGCCGGAGGCCUGAGUGCCAUGAUCCUCAACGACCUCCUGGGCCGGAAGCUGAGCAUCAUGUUCUCAGCUGUGCCGUCGGCAGCCGGCUACGCGCUCAUGGCGGGUGCGCACGGCCUCUGGAUGCUGCUGCUCGGAAGGACGCUGACGGGCUUCGCCGGGGGGCUCACAGCCGCCUGCAUCCCGGUGUACGUGUCUGAGAUUGCUCCCCCAGGCGUUCGUGGGGCUCUGGGGGCCACACCCCAGCUCAUGGCAGUGUUCGGAUCCCUGUCUCUCUACGCCCUUGGCCUCCUGCUGCCGUGGCGCUGGCUGGCUGUGGCCGGGGAGGCGCCCGUGCUCGUCAUGAUCCUGCUGCUCAGCUUCAUGCCCAACUCGCCGCGCUUCCUGCUCUCUCGGGGCAGGGAUGAGGAGGCCCUGCGGGCGCUGGCCUGGCUGCGCGGGACGGACGCCGACGUCCACUGGGAGUUCGAGCAGAUCCAGGACAACGUCCGGAGACAGAGCAGCCGAGUGUCGUGGGCUGAGGCACGGGCCCCCCACGUGUGCCGGCCCAUCGCCGUGGCCUUGCUGAUGCGUCUCCUGCAGCAGCUGACGGGCAUCACGCCCAUCCUGGUCUACCUGCAGUCCAUCUUCGACAGCACCGCUGUCCUGCUGCCCCCGAAGGAUGACGCAGCCAUCGUUGGGGCUGUGCGGCUCCUGUCUGUGCUGAUCGCUGCCCUCACCAUGGACCUCGCUGGCCGCAAGGUGCUGCUCUUCGUCUCAGCGGCCAUCAUGUUUGCUGCCAACCUGACUCUGGGGCUGUACAUCCACUUUGGCCCCAGGCCUCUGAGCCCAAACAGCACUGCGGGCCUGGAAAGUGAGUCCUGGGGGAACUUGGCGCAGCCCCUGGCAGCACCCGCUGGCUACCUCACCCUGGUGCCCCUGCUGGCCACCAUGUUCUUCAUUAUGGGCUACGCCAUGGGCUGGGGCCCCAUCACCUGGCUGCUCAUGUCUGAGGUCCUGCCCCUGCGGGCCCGUGGCGUGGCCUCGGGGCUCUGCGUGCUGGCCAGCUGGCUCACCGCCUUCGUCCUCACCAAGUCCUUCCUGCCAGUGGUGAGCGCCUUCGGCCUCCAGGUGCCUUUCUUCUUCUUCGCGGCCAUCUGCUUGGUGAGCCUGGUGUUCACAGGCUGCUGUGUGCCCGAGACCAAGGGACGGUCCCUGGAGCAGAUCGAGUCCUUCUUCCGCACGGGGAGAAGGUCCUUCUUGCGCUAGGUCAUGGUCCCCGCCUGGAGGGGGCCAAACCCCCAGUGGCUGGACCUGUGUUGGCUGCAAUCCUGCACCCUGGGACCAAGAGGCAGCAGUCAUCCCUGCCACCAGCCAGAGCACAGGAAGAGCAGCGUGAUGGGGCCUCAGCAGCGCGUGCCCCUGGCUCCGGACAGGUAGCACUGCUGUCCAGCCGCAGCCCCAGCUCAGGCGGCCCGCACUGCUGCACGUAGCCAUGGGCCGCAGGAGAGCACACAACCCUGCGUCCAGGGACACGGCCCUACUGGGUGACCUCAGACCUAGUCCUUUACCCUUGUGUGAAGGACACACCCCACAGAAGGCUACGGGGAGGACUGAGAGGACCGGGCUGGAGGCAGCCAAGUAACGUAGUCAUAUCAUCGCGUUCUGAUCUGGUGGCAUCUGGCUGUGCAAGGAAGACCCGGCUGUGCCCCCCCAAGUCUUGUGGACACCACAGGGAACAUCCUGGACUUCAAAAGCCAGGGCAGGCCAGGCGCAGUGGCUCAUGCCUGUAAUCCCAGCACUUUUGGAGGCCGAAGCAGGCAGAUUACCUGAGGCCACGAGUUCAAGACCAGCCUGGCCAACAUGGUAAAACCCCGUCUCUACUAACAAAUACAAAAAAGCCAGGUGUGGUGGCGUACACCUGUAGUUCCAGCUGCUUGGGAGGCUGAGGCAGAAUUGCUUGAACCCGGGAGGUGGAGGCUGCAAUGAGCUGAGAUCAUGCCAUUGCACUCCAGCCUGGGCAACGGGAGUGAAACUCCGUUUCCCCUGCCCCCCCUUCAAAAAAAAAAAAAAAGCCAGGGCAAAGGACCUGGCGUGGCCACUUCCUCCUGCCCCAGCCCAACCUCUGGGAACAGGCAGCUCCUAUCCGCAAACUGUGUUCACCCUUUUAUAAAAAUAAAGGAACUGGGCCCAUAGCCCUAGCAAGGAAAGAGUGGGGUCUACUCCAGGACGGGAGCCCCCACAGCAGCCAGGCUAGACCCGAACCAAGCAAGGUUGCCAGGGCCACUGACUGCUGAUCCACAGCCAAGCAGGGCAGAGAAGAGGCUGCUGUGAGGGGAAGUCCACAGCGAGCCCCGCCCUUAACAGUCUCCUCUUUCUAACUGUGUGACCUUGGGCAGGUCACUUUCCUUGUCUGUGAUGCCAGAGGCAGCCUCGGGACAGGACCUGUAGUUAUUUCCUGGGCCAGCGGCUCCUGCCUGGCUUCCACACACACACACAGGCACCAAAGCAGAAGGGAGUGAGGACAGGCACGCGAGCCACGGCCGCGCUUUAUUGCUCAAGACACACACACAACACAGAGGUGCAGACGAGGGGGAAAGAGCGCCACACACAGCCCAGACAAGGCAGGAGUGGCCCGGCCGCUGGAAGAGACGCUCCUUGCAAGGCAGGGCCCCUGCUGGACAGCGCACUCCCUGGGAGACAGGGUCAGAGGCCCCAGGUCCGCACAGCUGCAGACUUGCUGGGAACCUGGGACAGGUGACCCGCCCGCUCUGGCCUGUGGCUGAGGGCCUUCCACCUCUGCAUCCAGCUGUGCACCCACCAUUUCCCCACAGGGCACAGGGGCAGCCUUCCUUGAUCCACAGCCCACCCUUCUGCUGUCUCUGGCUGUCACUGAGGCCCCUCUGGCAGGGGCAGCAGCAGGCAGGCCAGGCAGAAGGGGGCCUGGGGCCCCACUACCUGGGUAGGAAUGAGCAGAGGGCGGGCAGAGCCCUUGCUUCUCGUGGGAGGUAGACAGGUCUCGCUCACUGCAUACAUGGGACAAAUGCGUGCACGCGCACACAUACAUAUACACACACACACACACAUAGCCCUUUGAACCCAGCACUGGCCUGAGGAGAGUGGCCCCGGAGGAACCCUGAAGGCACGUGUCCACCAGGCUGUAAUGCCCCUGCCACCCUGGGGCUCAGCUGGCCAGACUCCCGGGGGUGGGGUGCUGCUGCCCCAGGAGCCCACAGACAAGUCCCCAGGGCAGUACUGGGCAGGACCCAAAGAACCCCACACCCAGCCCACCAGCCUGCCACUCCCAGCCUCAGACGCAGAUGGGCCCAAGAGGUGUUCCUGGGAAACAGUCCACUUAGCAAGACCCAGUACCUCUGCUCCUGAAGCUCAGCACAGGCCCAGCCUGGGGUCGGACCCAGAUGGAAUAUCUUCCAUACCCUUCCGCUUCUGCCAAGCCCCACCCGGGCUAAGCCAGGCCCGACCAGGCACCUGCCCGACGGCCAAGAGCCAGCCUCACAGUCAGAGAGGCCAGCGGGCUGAGGCCACGGGGCAGAGGGAAUAUGGGGAUACACUUCCUGGGCGCCAGCUCUCCGUGUCCUCCCUGGGUAGGCCUGGCUCCAGAUGGCCUGGCACCCAGGGCAGUGAGGACGGCUCUGUGUGGGGAGGUGACUGUGGCCUCUGCCCAGUUCUUAAAAGGCAGAAGCUCCCUGAGGGCAGGGCUUGGGCAGGCCGGCAGGAGAACCUGAGUGGGUGCUGAGGUCAGACCCACUGACCCACUAACGGGGCCAGGCUGCGGCUGACAUGAUGGGGCCACACCAGGGAGAGGGUGGGCACCCUCAGUGAGGCCAGGGAGAGCCUGCUUUCCCCACUUCCUUAGCACCAAGGCCAGCGGGGGAGGGUGGUGAUGGGCAGAACCUAGGGGCCUUAGCAGGCCCAGGGAGCAGGGGCAGCUGAGGGGUCUUGGGGUGGCCUGUCCAAGGUUCCAGGAGUCGGCAGGGAGCAUCCCCCACCCAGCUGUCCGGUCACUGCCGAGGCUGCAGUUCCAGGUACAGGGAUGCACCUUAGGGGCCCUAUGGGCUUCUUGAGAAGGCGGGGUGGCAGUGGGCGCUGCACCCUAAGCAGUGGUGGGAGGUUGCUGGCAGUGGCAGGCUGUCCUGGACCCUGGGGCUCUACCUGCCGAGAGAGCUGGGGGAGGUCCCUCUGCUCAGUGCCCAGGUGGCAGGGUCCCACUUGCACCUCCCCUCAAGCCAGGACCAGCAUCUCCAGGGGAAGCUGCUGCCAGGUCACAGCAGGUCACUGGCAGCCCUGUCUGUGGUGUGAGGUCUGCAGACCCACCCAGCGGAGGAGCAAGGCCAGCUGGUGUCCACACAGCUGCUGCAGGCUCUGCUCGGCUCUGCCUCAAGCCCAGCAGCCCAGACUCUCACACCAGCAGCCAGGGGCUCCUGGCUUCAGCAAGUCUGGAGAAAGGAGCAGAGGACUGCAGGUGUAGGGGCAGGUGCAGAAGCCCCUCUCCAGGCUGUGCCUCAGUGUGGACAGUCCAGGCCUCACUUGGACUCACA